CAUUUCUUCGUCACAACUACCAAUUAUUUUCCAUUUAAAGCCUCCGAUCAAAAAGAAAACCAAGCAAAACAAGAUAUGGGUAUUAUAACUCAGACAUCCAAAUCUUAUUCCAACUACUUUAAUAUCAUGCUACUUCUUUUAUUUAUGACUUCUCUGGUUUUUACCAUUGCCAAAUCUGAAGUUAUCACAGUAGGUGAUGAGAACCGGUGGACUGAUGGCUUUAAUUAUUUUUCCUGGGCACAAAAUUUCAAUUUCAGUGUUGGUGAUGUUCUUGUGUUCGGAUACACGCCAAGAUCACAUAAUGUAUACGAUGUAACGAGGGAAACAUUUCAAUCUUGUAAUACAAGCAGUGGAGUGAAUGCAAUGUAUGAUAGUGGUGAUGAUCAUGUGGAGCUUAAAGAAGCCAAACAAUAUUGGUUUAUAUGCACCGUAGAUAGACAUUGUCAAUUGGGGAUGAGAUUUGGCAUUAAUGUUACAGCAACUACCACAAAUUUUGUCAACUCUUCCUCAACAAAUCCUUCCAGUACUAAUAGCAAUUCUGCAUCUUGGAAGCAUAUGUAUAAUGCAGGGUUUUACCUUCCCCUUAUUGGAAUUUUGUCCAUGUUAAUUUAUAUUGUUUAAUUCAUGUUUACUUAUUUCAAUUUUUAUGAUCUUUUUGUUCCAAAAAAGGGUGAAAUACAAGUAUACAGCAUCUUAAUGCUUAUAGAUUGAAUUUUUGUUGGAUUUUUGCUUUCCUUAAUAUGUUUUUCAUUCUUGUUCCGAUUGGGGUAGAGGGAUUUUGCAUGGGUUUUUGACUUUUUGCUCUAAUUUUAAAAAAUUGACUUAGUUUUAGCUAAUGUUGAAUUGUUCUUUCAACUCGACUUACUUUAUCUAAAUGCUUUUUGCCCCUGAAAUCGUGAUA